ACUCUGAAACUUGUCCAUUUUUGCAUGGAUAAGCCACUUCGACGGCCUGUCAGUAAUGCUCCAGAUGGUCCAUUGCUCUCUUGCAUGGAGAAGAUACAGAGGACGUUAAAUGCUAAAUCUUUGUUUUCUGUGAUGAACAGAUUGGAAUCUUUAUCUAAACAAAAAGGGCUUAAUGCUCAUGUUAGCCCCAGUGGGACUGCCUGCUACAUAACAUCAAACAUGUUUUAUAUAGAAGUUCAGCUGGAGGAGGAUGGAAAGGUGAUGGAUGUAAAGUUGGCUCACCUUGGAGAAGCUCCUGUGAUUUGUGAUGACUUGUUGCAGCAUCUAAGGACGAAGAACUACGAUGCCUUUGGAAAGAUUCUAGAAGACCUGUCAAAUCUGUAUCAAAUUCCAGGAAACAGCGAAAUGAAAGCUAAGGGAUACCUUGCUUUGCAGGCCCUUGAAAAAGAUCUUUAUUCAAUGUCUCUUCUAGACAGAACACAGGAUGUAAACAGAGUUACUGAAGUACUUCAUGGAAAAGUAGGACACCUGCUGCCAAGAACUGGAGGAACUCCUAUGAACAUUGAAUUUUACAUUUCUCCCUAUCAAGUUUUGGAAGCAGAACUAAACCCUGGCUCCCAGGUAUGUGGAACAAAAACAGUUGUAACUGUUGAAGGCACAGAUACGUUCCACAAACUUCCUCUUUCUCCACUGCUUGUAGAUUCUCAAGCUGGAAAGGACAGCAACCUUGCUUUUUUGCCACUGACUGAUGAAUUCAGCAUCGAUUUGCCAGCUUUUUUUGUGUUGAAGUUUCACCAGCCUAUUCCUAUGUCCUCAUCCAGUAUUGAAGAGAUACAGAGGCUCACAGGCAUGUUAUAA